AUGUCCUUCAUCACCGUCGCCGCGGCGACCUUGCCAAGCGUCCCUCUCGACUUCAAGGGAAACCGCGACAGGAUUCUGGAGUCCAUUCGGAUCGCCAAGGAGCAGGGCGCAACCCUCAGGACCGGCCCGGAGCUGGAGAUUCCCGGCUAUGGCUGUCUCGACCAUCAUCUUGAAGGAGAUACCUUCCUCCACAGCUGGGAGGUGCUCGCCGAUAUCAUCGCCGAUCCUGUAUGCAAGGAUAUGCUCAUUGACUUGGGCAUGGGCUGCCGUCAUCGAAAUGUUCGCUACAACUGUCGCGUUCUCUGCACCUACAAGCGCAUCUACCUCAUCAGACCAAAGCAAAGUCUUGCCAACGACGGCCUAUACCGCGAAGCCCGUCAUUUCUCGGCGUGGACGAAACUCCGAGAGAUAGAGACGUACUACCUGGAGGCCGUGGCCGCCAAGGUCACAGGCCAGAAGACGGUUCCCAUCGGCGACAUGAUCCUCAGCACUCUCGACACUGCCGUGAGCUGUGAGACCUGCGAAGAGAUGUUUUCGCCCUUGAACCCGUCGACGUUCCUCGGACUUAACGGGGCCGAGAUCAUCCUCAACAGCAGUGCCAGCCACGCCGAGCUGCGGAAGCUGAAGACCCGUCUUGAUCUCAUAUCGAACUCCACUCGAAAACUGGGCGGUAUCUACGUUUAUGCCAAUGCGACUGGGGUCGAUGGCGAGGCGCGUAUGCUGUUCGAUGGUUCAAGCAUGGUGCUUGCCAACGGAAAGGUACUGUCUCAGUCCUCCCAGUUUUCACUAAAGCCGGUAGAGGUCAUCAUUGCUACGGUCUCGGUCGAAGAAGUCCGGAGCUACCGCUCGAGUAUCUCACGGAAUUUCCAAGCCGCAGCCCAGCCCGAUUUCCCCAGAGUCGAAUGCGAUCUGCGUUUGACAAGACCUGCUGACGAGGUGUAUUUGUCGGACCAUCUACGCAUUGCCAAAGAGGUGGAGCUCAAGAUUCUUGAUCCCAUGGAAGAGAUUGCCAUGGCCCAGGCAGUCUUCCUCUGGCAAUACCUUUGCCGCACAAACUCCCCUGGGUACUUCCUUGCCCUAAGUGGCGGCUUGGAUUCUUCAACAGUCGCGCUCUUCGUCUACAGCAUGGCCAAGCUUGUGCUCCAGUCCAUUGAUGCCGGGGAGAUGUCAACUCUGGAUGAUCUUAGACGCGUCACCGGUGACAAGACGUUCAUGCCCGAGACGCCAGAGGAGAUUGUCUCUAGGCUGCUCCAUACAUGCUACAUGGGCACGGUCAACAGCGGAGAUGACACGAGAUCAAGAGCCUCCCGGCUCGCGGCUGAGCUUGGUGCCUAUCACUCUGAUAUUUCGAUUGAUGAGGCUGUGCAGGCUCACGAGGCCAUCAUCGAGAAGACGCUCAACUUUAAGCCCAGAUACGGGGUUGAAGGUGGCAGUCCAGCAGAGAAUCUUGCGCGUCAGAACAUCCAAGCAAGAAACCGUCUAGUCGUUCAGUACGAACUAGCUCAACUUUCGACAACAGCGAGACAGCUCCCGCGAGCGGGGGCGGCACUUCUGGUGCUGGGCAGUGGAAACGUUGAUGAGAAUCUCCGUGGUUACUACACAAAGUACGACGCAUCGUCAGCGGACAUUGCCCCUCUUGGGAGCAUCUCAAAGACCGACGCCAAGAGCUUCCAGGCCUGGGCCAAAGACCAAUGGGACCUGCCUAUCAUGACCGAGUUCCUUGAGGCGACGCCGUCGGCGGAGCUUCUUCCUCUAUCCGCCGGAGUGCAGGAUGAUGAAGCAGACACGGAGAUGGGCCUGACGUACAGCGAACUGUCGGAAUUCGGUAUCCUGAGAAAGGUACACAAGCUGGGCCCGUGGUCAACCUACCUUCAGCUCCUAGGAGACUGGAAAGAGAGACCAGGCUACGGCCCGCGGCAGAUUGCCGAGCGGGUCAAGAGGUUCUUCCGUUUCUACUCCAUCAACCGCCACAAGGCCGUCAUUCUCACCCCUUCACCGCAUCUCUCGGCGUACAACCCUGACGAUAACCGCCACGAUCUCCGGCCGUUCUUGUACGUCGCCACGUGGCCAUGGCAAUUCGGCAAGAUUGACGCGCAUGCGCAGGAGCUCGAGAGGAAGAUCGCGGACAGGGAUAGACCAGCGGAGUCUCAGUACAACGCGGUCGACUAG